AUAAUUUUGGCGCUACGAACCGUCAUCUAAAUAUCCGAUAGUUCCACGGACCGUUCAGUGUGACGCGAAUACGUGAGCUCAUACACGUCCUAUCUGUGUGUGUUCGACGAGUUUCUCCGUUUUGAACUUGAAUACAGUUUCUGUAAACAGUGUGUGUUAGUAAACCUGGCAAUAGUUUCACUAAUAACACUGGCCAAAGUGAACAUCAGUUGUUAGUGAUUAAUUUUUUUUGCAGUACGGUACAAUAUACGACAUGAUUUUUAAAAUUCUUCGCAGUAAAACACGCCUUAUCACACGGCACUUGCACAGUGCUAGUUUCAUCGGCAAGCCAACAUCUGUGAUAAGAAUAAUUGGAACGACGGUAUGCAUCGGAGGAGCCACUGCCGCUAUAGCAUACCACUGCCUGUCCCGGAAUGAGGUGCACAUGGAAGCCGUGGGGUCAGCAGCUAAAUUUGCCAGCCUAUCCCGGUAUAUGGCGGAUCCGAUAAGCGGCCGCCAGAUGUUAGAUGCGAAUAAAAAUGACAUGAAAUGUCGCAUGGAGGAGCUUGUGAUGCGGAUACAGUACGAUUUCUGCCGUUCUCUAGAGGCGGAAGAGAACUUUGGCAAAAAGUUUCUCGUCGAUCGGUGGGAGCGAAAGGAGGGUGGUGGCGGAAUUACCUGUGUACUGCAGGAUGGCGAUGUGUUUGAAAAAGCAGGCGUAAACAUAUCAGUUGUGCACGGAAAUCUUCCAAAGGGCGCCAUUCAGCAGAUGCGUUCUCGCGGCAAACAGUUAGCGGACGGAGAACUCCCCUUCUUUGCGGUGGGCGUAAGCGCAGUAAUACAUCCGCGCAAUCCGUUCGUCCCGACGAUACAUUUUAACUACCGAUACUUCGAAGUUACCGACUCUACAGGACAGAGGCAGUGGUGGUUCGGUGGCGGCACCGACCUCACACCAUACUAUCUAAACGAGGAAGACGCCAAGCACUUUCACCGCACACUGAAGGAAGCGUGUGAUUCGCAUGACGCCACGUAUUACCCAAAGUUUAAGGAAUGGUGCGACAAAUACUUCUUCAUACCGCACCGGAACGAAAGCCGCGGCGUGGGAGGCAUUUUCUUCGAUGAUUUGGAUGGCCCGGAUGCGGAGCAAGCGUUCGACUUCGUGUCUUCAUGUGCACAUUCCGUAAUUCCUUCCUAUUUGCCGCUGGUGCGUGAGCACAAAAAUGAUCCCUACGGCGAUCGCCAUCGUCAAUGGCAGCUGUUACGCCGCGGACGAUAUGUAGAAUUUAACCUCAUAUACGAUCGAGGCACAAAGUUCGGCCUUUACACGCCCGGUGCACGAUACGAAAGCAUUCUAAUGUCUCUACCUCUUAAUGCGAGAUGGGAGUACAUGAAUAUACCUGCCCAAGGAACGGAAGAAGCUCUUAUUACCGAGGUGCUCAAAAAACCUAAAAAUUGGUUAAAUUUGUAACGUUACCGUUCGACGGUAAUAAAAAGAAACAUACAAUUUAUGGGAUUCAUCGAUGGAUCCGUCGCGGGAAUAGGAAUGGUUCCCGUUUGAACAGCUUCCAUAAUGAUAUGAAUAAAUAUGCUCUACUAGAACAAUCAA